AGGAGGCCCAGAGAGGAGGAGGAGGCCCAGAGGGAGGAGGCCCAGAGGCUGCCCUCCUGCACACCACUUUGACAGGAAAGGACUGAUAGAGGAGGGGUGAGAGUAGAAAAAGGGGAGUAUCCCAUCUUCUCUGCCCUUCUCUGCUGCUGCUGCAUCCCCCCCCCUCCAUCUCUUCCUCCCUCUCUACUUGAUUCUCUUUCUCUCUCUUUCCCCUUACUCAUCUGUUUCUGUGGCUGCGCUCACAGAGGAAGGGCACCUGCCUCUCCCUGAUGAUUCAGCCUUUCAGCUUUAGCGUGGAGCUCCAGAGCAGACAGCAUGUCCCUGCUGCCACUGCAGUGCCUGGCCGUCCUGUUCCUGUCCUCUGCACUACAGCUACUGCAGCUGCAGCCGGCCCAACACGUCCACACCACCGACUCUUCCGUCCAAGUGCCCAGCAAAUUUGACAGUUCUAUUUAUAGGCGAGUGCUUUUCUGGUAAGAAAGCAUGAGUAAGGAGCUCCUUUUCCCCAUGCGCACAAGGCUGUCUACAUAUCUGCCAGACUGUUAACAAGGUUAGACACUCUCUGAAGAGCAUUUUAACAUCAAUCCGCAGCCUCGUGAUGGAAAACACACUUGAGGAAACUAGUGGCGGACAGCCGCUGUGUGAUGCUCUGAGUUCAUAGUUCAAGGUGUUUGCAGACCCUUCCAGAUCCAGGAGUUGGGAAGGAUGACUGAGGGAAUGGAGGACAUCUCUGCAGGGCCGGCUCCCCCUCCUGGAUCCCCUGCCGGCUCUACUGUUGAUACUGGACAAGUCCCCGAGGAGAAACCAGAGGAGACAGAGGCAGCUGGCGAGAGUAGGGAGGAGGGCGAAGAAGAAGGAACUGCAGAAGAGGGAGGCGGUGGCGGUGGCAGUGGUGAUGAUGGGGAACGUUCGGGGGCUUUGGGAAUCGUGGCCUUGCCCGGGACCUGCUGCGUGUGCGUAGAGAUGGAACAGAUUAACAAUUGCCUGCACUCUGAGAAAAUCUGCAUCCUGCCCAUCCUGGCCUGUCUGCUUAGCUUAGCCCUGUGCACGGCCGGCCUGAAAUGGGUCUUUGUGGAUAAGAUCUUUGAGUAUGAACCGCCCACGCACUUAGAUCCUAAACGAAUCGGACAGGACCCCAUUAUCAUAUCAGUUGACCCCACUCUGGGACUGACCAUGUCGCUUCCUCAUUCGUCGUCUCCAUCUACCAUCUCCAUGACCACUGCUAUCACCGUUACCCCAGGUCGCCCUGAGGUUUUAGUGGAGGAGAAAUCUACGAGGGGGCCUUUCGUGCCUCCCAAAGUGACUCAAAGUGACUCCUCUGUUACAAUGAAAUACAAUGCUGUCAAACCCACCAACCCAAAGCAGACAACGCAGGAAUUCAACAACAAUAUCAUCCCAACCAUCUCUGCCACCAGCACCACCACUACAUUGAAGACCUCCAGUCAUGUGACGCGCUGUAGUGACAGCCAGAAGAACUACUGUGUUAAUGGAGGAGAAUGUUUCACCCUGGAAAUCAUGCCCGGCAGCACCAAGUUCCUCUGCAGGUGUCCAAAUGAAUUUACUGGUGAUCGAUGCCAAAACUAUGUAAUGGCCAGCUUUUACAAACAUCUUGGGAUUGAAUUUAUGGAAGCUGAGGAGCUGUAUCAGAAACGUAUUUUAACAAUCGCAGGAAUCUGCAUUGCACUCCUCGUUGUUGGAAUCAUGUGUGUGGUGGCCUACUGCAAAACAAAGAAGCAGAGAAAGAAGCUCCACGAUCGGCUGAAGCAGAGCCUCAGGAGAAAAAGGAACAGCAAAGCCAGCUCGUCUCGAGGACGUCCCAGUGCAAACAUGCCCCUUCAAGAUUUACAGCUCGUUAAUGUAAUAUGUAAUGGGAUUACCAUGGAGCAUGCAGCUGACAAGGACACGGAAACAACCUUUUCCACAAGCAAAUAUGCCUUAUCUGCGCAUGAAGCCACCGCACUCACAAACAUCUCCAGCCAAAGGUUUGUUCCAGACGUGACCUCUCCUGCCACUCCAGGAUCCCCUCCAUCAGAGAUGUCGGCCCCCCUGUCCAGCCUGGCCAUCUCCGUCCCCUCGGUGGCGUUGAGCCCCUCUGGUGAGGAGGAGCGCCCCCUGCUGUUGUCGCGUCAGCCGCACAAGUCCUCCUCGGCUCGGGACGACCAGAAGAGGACGUCCGCCCACUACAACCACGGCCACGUGGCUCACAGCGCCCCCUCCAGCCCGUCACUCGCCAAGGAGCAUGGCGGCGGCUACCGAACCCCAGGCGACCGCGACGCCCACGCUUUAGCCCAGACGCUCGCUCACACAAACAACAACAUAACCGACUAUGGCACCAAAAGAGUCGCCAACGGCCACGUGCUGUACAAUGUGGAGUCCGGUGGUGACGUCACGCUUGAGAGCGAAGGGGAGGAGCCUCAGGGGGAGCACACGCCCUUCCUCAUUAGAGAUAGCACUCCGGCCCUGCUGCUCAGAGCCGUGGACGGCAGUAGGACUAACCCAGCAUCAGCCAACCAUGACCUGAUGGUCCAGGCGUCCGGCGCCACCGCCACCAAACAGGAUCCAGCUGCUGUGUGAAGAAAAAAGAAACCUGCUGAGAAUCCUUUAUGCUGAGGGAA